AUGCGCAGCGAUCUGCUUUUGGAAAGAAGCAAUACGUCGCAAUGCCGGGCCGAUAUGCAAGAACCGCUGAAAAGAUCUCUCGAUUCUUCGUCGCGCCCUGCCCAACGCGAUGUAACUUUGAUUGCACUAUCGGUCGAGUUUCAGAAAUGCAGUACAAAAGCAAUCUCGAGUCCAUCCGGCCCCACCAUAGCACACUGCAUUCCAAAGUUUAAGUGUUUUGUAUCAGUCCUCCAAGUCGAUUACAAAAAGUCGACCAGCUCGCAAUAUCACCAAUCAGCUCCCAUGACAAAGGCACCAUGGUACCUCGCCGACUUCCACACCACGACCCGCAGUGAUCUUCCACAUAACAUACUACAACCUUGA